GUCAGCCGUUACUUAUGUCUAGCUCUGGCGAGCAAAAAUCAGCUGCCGAGCAGAAAUUGGUGGAGCAGAAGGUAUUCUUGGCUCUUCGAAAUAAAACUGUGAGCAAAAACUGCUAUAGAGUGCUGGGAUUCAGUAUUGAACUAGAUAAAGGACAAUCGCUUGGACUUAUAAUCAAAAGAGAUAUCGUUGUUGGCGUUAAAUGGGACAGCCCUUGCCUUGAAGACCCGGAUAAGAAUAAAGAUUUGCUAACUAAACUCAACCAAACUGGUGGAAAGCAUACUGUCCAUGUCAUAAGGUUCAAACGCCGUCCAACAAUGAAGCCAAUCCUUCCUAAAGGUUAUCGACCCGUGGAAGGAUUCCAAUAUGAAUGGACUAUGGUAUAUCUGAUGAGGGGAAUGACGCUGGGAUUGGAUGUUCGAGUUAUAGAUGGAAAGGUGUACGUGACGCAUAUCUAUCCAGACAGCAUAGCGUCGAUGUCACUUUUAAUCGGAGAAUGCAUCAUUGACGUAGAAGGAGAACUUGUGACUUCUAUUCCACAGCUUACCUCUUCUAUGGUAAAAGCGCUCGAUAAAAAUGGUCAGGUCCGCCUGCUUGUGGAGGAACCCGGCAACGACAUGCUUCGUAAUAUGCUGCGAGCAAAGAUUGCCGUAGCCAUGGGUCCCACUGACCAGAAAGAUCUUCCACUGCCACCGGAAACGAGACCGUGGAUAGAGAAAGGACUAGCCGCUUUGAAGGAAAAGGAUCCAAAGCCAAUAUACAGGCCACCAAAGUCUGAAAAGACCAAACAAAGAAAAACGCACUUCUCCGAAAAGACUGUCGAGCAUACUUUCUUUGAUGAUUUGCAAACAAGUCUAAUUGUUAAGGUACCGCCGCCAAGAAUAGCAGAGGAUAAACCCAAGGAUAAGCUAGGAUGAUUGAUUGAAAAAGAUUUGAAGUAAUGCUGUAAAAUUGUUG